AUGGCUUUUACAUCAAAAGAGACUUAUCAAAGGUUAUCAAACAGGCAAAUUUGGACUAUUCAAGGUGAAGAGUUUAGUCCUACAGUUGUCAUAGAAGUGGAUGACUUUGAUAAUAUUCAACA